CGUUGAGGUACAGGUGCCGUGGAUCGAUCAGAACGGUCGUUCGCUUGUAGGCGCGCGCGGAAGCUCACUGUUUGAAUCGACGCCGAGCUCAACGCAUACUCAGUUUGCGAAGCGCAACUAUAAUCGCUGCCGCUGCUACCUGCCUGUAAUCAAUCAACUAUAUUCCAAGCUACCUGUCAGUAUCAGCUCUUGUAUCCGCUCGAUCGAAGCAACAAACAAUGGAGUCUUGUGGCAUGAGUACCGUUAAAUACAUCUUAUUUAUCUUCAACGUCAUAUUUGCGAUUUCAGGGCUUGGUAUUAUAAUAGCUGGCGCAUUAGUGCUCGCCGAUGUGCAUGCAUACUCACACUUUCUUGAAGGUCGAAUAAUUGCACCACCUAUUGUGCUUAUUGUUGCUGGUGCAAUAGUGUUUGUAAUUGCCUUUUUAGGAUGCUAUGGUGCCAUCAAAGAACACUAUAAUUUAUUAAUAGGGUUUGCCGUGGCAUUGUUGAUCAUUUUCAUUAUAGAACUUGCCGUCGGCAUUGCAGCAGCAGUUUUCAAAAAAGAUUUCAGUGACGGGAUGAAAGAUGCUCUAAGGGAAUCGAUGAGGAACUACAAAGAAAAAGAAGUAGAUCAGCAAGCGUGGGAUACUAUUCAAAUGCGGUUCUCUUGUUGUGGAAUCGACGCGCCAACCGAUUGGCUAAGGGAGGCUGGUAUCACCAAUGGAUUACCUGCUUCCUGCUGUGUAGAUACUACAGUGAGAACAUGCGCCAAUAAUGCGGAAGCUUACCAAAGGGGAUGUUUCUCUGAAUUAGUCAUGAAUGUUGAAAAAAAUGCAAGUGUUUUAAUUGGAGUUGGGAUCGGCAUCGCUUUUGUUGAGGUUGCUGGUAUUCUGUUAGCAUGUUUACUUGCUUAUGUUAUCAAAAAAGAAAAUCAAGGAAAAUAAAAAGGCAGCUAGAGACGAAAGUAAAACAAUCAAUUGAUGUAAAUAAUGUGCUGCUAUUCAGCUUCAUCACCACGGAGAAUGUAUUCUUUUAUUAUCAGACAAUGAUAUUAAAAAUACCAGCAUGGUACGUUACCAUUAUUUGAAAUAAUUUCUGUAUUUGAUUUUUAUAACUUUUUGUGCUAUACCGAGAUACUAGAUUUUACAAUCUAUUUAAAUAUGUAAAUGUCUUAUUGACAUACACGUAAUAGUGUAUUUAAAUACGAAUGCGCUCAAGUAGUUUCACCAGCGCGUGAACUGUUACGCUGCAGCAAAGCCUAAAAGGUCCACGCGAGGUUGAGAUCAUCAUAGUCAGUCGCCUUAAUUUUCAGCGAUGUUUUAUGAUAUAUUGUGAUUUAAGCACAGCGCAUCAUAAAGUUAUAUAAGCUCUAAACGUCUACAAUAUUGUGUUAGUGUUAUUUGAGUUGAAGCUACAUAUCAAUAAAAUAAAAUAUAUU